AUUAAAGCGGGUGUGGGAGGAGCUCGCGCCUGCGCCGACAAGCUCCGGUGGCGCAUUUUCCCCCCAUCAGGCGAAGGUGGUGAUUGAGGCGGAAGGGGGUGGGGCACUGUGCCCGCUGUUACUGGGCCGAGCCUGGCUGAGGGCUGCCAGAGAGGUUGGUGUGGGCUAGCGAAGAAGCGGUGGAGACCACGGUAGGUUGGAGACGGCGCUGUUCGAAAAGAGGUUCCUUUCCGUCGCCGCCCCUUCUCCGCCACCCCUAACCGCCUGGCUUCCUGUAAACCGGGCGGCAGAAAGGGGUGCCGGGUUUCCUCCCUCCUCCCCUUUCCUCGCUCGCUCCCUCGUUGGAGGCUCCUUUCUCCCGCCCUCUCCCGCUGGCUGCUAUAAAGCUGAGGCGCGGUGCCGUCGGCGAGUUCUUCUGGUGUUGUCAGGAGUGGCCGGCGAAGCAGCAGCUGCUGUUGGUCCUCUUGCCCGGCGCUUCGUCUUUCCUACCCGCUCACUUCUUCCCAUCUCCUCUCUCAACUUGGCGCAGUCAGCUGCGGGGGUGUAGCUCGCGUUCAAGAGAGGCUGCUAUCCGGUAGGACCAGAAAUUUUAAAAAAUGGAACAAGUAGAAGAGACAUCUAAAAGAAUUCUGUUGGAGCCGUAUAACUACCUACUUCAAUUACCAGGAAAACAAGUAAGAACCAAACUCUCCCAAGCUUUUAAUCACUGGCUAAAUGUUCCUGAAGAUAAGCUACAAGUUAUCAUUGAAGUGACCGAAAUGUUGCACAAUGCAAGUUUGCUUAUAGAUGACAUAGAAGACAAUUCAAAACUACGACGAGGGUUUCCAGUGGCCCAUAGCAUCUAUGGAAUACCAUCUGUAAUAAAUUGUGCAAACUUUGUGUAUUUCCUUGGCUUGGAAAAAGUUCUAACACUUGAUCAUCCUGAUGCUGUAAAAGUGUUCACCCGCCAACUUCUGGAACUUCAUAAGGGCCAAGGGCUGGAUAUUUAUUGGAGAGAUACUUACACCUGUCCAACAGAAGCAGAGUAUAAAGCCAUGGUUUUGCAAAAGACAGGUGGCCUUUUUGGACUAGCCGUGGGCCUCAUGCAAUUGUUCUCUAGUUGUAAAAAAGAUUUGAAACCACUCCUUAACACACUUGGGCUCUUCUUUCAAAUUAGGGAUGACUAUGCAAACUUGCACUCCAAAGAAUAUAGCGAGAACAAAAGUUUUUGUGAAGACCUAACUGAAGGGAAAUUCUCUUUCCCAACUAUCCACGCCAUAUGGUCUAGGCCAGAAAGCACACAAGUGCAGAAUAUUCUGCGACAAAGGACUGAAAAUGUGGAUAUAAAAAAAUACUGUGUACAUUACCUUGAGAAUGUGGGCUCCUUUGAAUAUACACGGAAUACAUUAAAAGAACUAGAGUCUGAAGCUUAUAAACAAAUUGAAUCACUUGAGGGGAACCCUGGGCUUACAGCAUUGCUUGAAUAUUUAAGCAAAAUGUUCAGGGACAAUGAGAAUUGACACAAUUGGCAAUUACAUUUGCAAGAAACAAUUUUGAAAUACUCAAGGAAACUAUGAUAUUUCUAUCACCGCUGCAUAGGAACUGCUCUCAAGCAUACAUUAAGGGGUGAGUGUUUUAUAUGUGCCCUGAAUAAGUUUUGGAGUUUUCAGCUGCUUAUGCAAUAUUGCUAGAAAUUCUAUUAAAAUAAAGCUGUUAACUCUUACUCUGGAACUUUAUAA